AAGAGAGCCAAAGAAGAUAGGGAGAUUAUAAUUGGGAUUAUGUUAAUCUGAUUGGGUUUUUGUAAAGAGUAACAGCACGAUUGAAAUGGGCAGUUAUGCGGAGUUAUUACAUCUUCUCUUCAUUCUAUGAUUUUUCCCCUUUUCGGUUCUUCCUUUUCCCAAUCCGAGUUGAUGCCUAAUUUAUCAUUUGGCGUCCCACAAUCUCCAGAAUCCAACCAUUGGGGGGUUACGGUGGAAAAAUUAUCCCCGUCUUCUCUUCUCUUCUCUUCUACAAAGACAGACAUAUUCGGUGUCAAUUCAUAUUUCUUUCAAAUCGAAGAACGAGGCGCCAAAACACAAAUCAGCGGCAGAGACAUGGAACCCACGAACAAGAAGCCUAAAACUUGCAGUCCUGAAGCGAAAAGUGAUAUAAGUGAUGAUGAAAACCAAAUUGGUGCUCCAAAUGAUGUGAUGAUUAUUGGUUCUUCGAAUAAGAAUAGUGCUUCCCCAAAUGAGGAAGCCCUGAAAGAUGCUAAACUGUCGUACUCGCCUCAAUUUGCCAAGUAUAUGCCCAAUUUAAUCCAAAAUCCCUCUAGCUCAGCUGGCCCAGCUGCUCAGUGGCAGCAAUCACAAAAUCCAAUGCACGGAGGCAACAUGAAUGAGUCGAAGCGGGGACAACCAGCUCCACCAAUUCCACCCAACACUGUCCCCUUCUGGAUGCCGGGGCAUCCAGGUCAGUAUUUACCUGUACCCUAUCCUUUUCCCUGUUAUCAGCCCUUCCCACCUGGAGGAAAACCUGAAGCUUCCACGGCUGAAGCUUCCCAAGGGAAUUCAUGGAUCCAAAUCCAACAACAGCGUCCACACUUUUACCCUUCCGGUUUCCCAUAUCCUGGUUUUCCAGGCCCCUGGGAUCCGUCAUCUUGGAUGAGUCAGUCUAAUCAGUCGAAGCCACCUAUGCAUGGCAGUGAAUAUCAAGGACCCUUUAAUCAGUUCACUUGUUCUCAGACAUCAAUGCCUCAUAGCCAAGUACCUCCUGAUCCAUCACCCCAAACCCAGAGGAGUAUCAAACGACCACUUUCAGAACUCUCUCUAGAGCAUAAAAAAUUAUGGGAAGAUCAAGUAAAAUAUAAGUUUAUCCACACUUUUUUUUCUUCAUAUAGGUGUGUUUCAUAAAUAUUUAGUUCGAGUUGAUCUCUUUGUUUAUAACUUCAUUCCUGCUGUGCUUGGGACUGCAGUUGUUACAUAAUUCUCAGCUCUGGAAUACUGUUCGGAAAUUGCAUGGUGAACUGGAUGAAUAUAAGUGCCGUGUCAAAAGCCUGGAGACCGAUCUUGAGGCCCUGAAAACAAUUUUAAAAGAGGCAAGCAACAAUGGAACUGCAGCUAGUUUGGCUGAGAAGAAUUCAAAGCUUGAGAUCCAUGAGAGACUGGUAAGUCCAAAUGUUCCAUUGCUUUCAUCAAUGCAUCCAGUCGGACAUCAGAAGGCUGGACUAUUUAAAGUUAAAUCAGAGCCUAGACAAUUGCAGUUUGAGAAAGUGAUUCUGAAGAAGUUGGACAACAUGAUUCCUAUCUUGCCAAAAGUGGAUGGAAAGGUUGACCCUCAAACCGCCGUUUGUAGGGAAAUGAAUGGGAGUUCUGUCCUUGGUUCAACUAUGCACAGUACUCGGAACAAUCAAGGUGCUCCUACAGUCUAUAAUAGCAAAGUUUCCCUUGAGAAGUCCACAGGGGGCUCAAAUAUGUCUUUCAUUGCAUCUCAGCAAACUGGUGGAACUGGGAUGAUAAGCUCCAACACAAAUCAUGCAUCUCUGACUUGCCAUGGUUUUGUGAAAAUCGAACAGCAAUAGGUAUUGCAAAUAAUGCAGCUUGAUCAUCGAUGUCUUUUGUUCUUGGACAAUCUGGCAAAGCAAUUUGUCAAACAUUUUACGUAUCAUUGUCUGGCUGUCAAAACUUAUAAGUAUUUCCUGCAAAUCUUGGAGGCAUUCAGUUCAGCAGCAGAAAUGGCUCGAAAACUCUAGUGGAUCACAUAGCAAAUACCAUUUUGAAUAUUUUGAAUGGUAAUCGAAAACCUCUGUACCAUUUGAUAGGUUGACCUGCGUGAUAUCUUAAACUUAAAACCUUUGUUUUUGGUCCUAUACCAAUAAACUUUACUCCCAAGUAUAAAAAUAUAGUGCAUCUAAAUAUGCCCAGGGUUUGAUUUUUGGCAUGAGUAAUUGAGAAUUCUGCAUCUUUCAAGCGACC